AUGCCCAGGGGAUACCUCAAACACCAGGACCGGGAAGUCGGGCGGAAGAAAGGGCGUGGGGGUGCCAGCCAUGCGGGUGCGAAAGUCUGUUGUGACUCUUACGACAGAAAAGAUCCCGUGAAGCGUCACAUGGGUGCUGAUGUCGGGGGAGACUUUGCCCUAAAGACGGUGCAACAGACCAAGCCUGCCGAUGCUGCCGCCUCCAGCGCCGAGAAAGAGACAUGCGGCGAGUGUCCCAUUUGUUUUGAAGAUGGGCCUAUCGUUCCUUUGUCGAACAAGUGUGGCUGGCACGAUGCUGCUUGCUUCAAGUGCCUUCGCUACCUCUAUGUGGAGAACCCAAAGCGGUGCUUCCCGCUUGUCUGCUUCCACCCCCAAUGCAAACAACCCGUUCAGUGGGGGCAACUCAACAAACACAAGGUCAUCCGAUCAUCAUCUGAAAGCAAAGAGUUCCAUGAAAAGACAAAACGAGCCAAGCAAAAGGAAGCGAUCGAACGGAUGCGUGUUAAGAUUGCACAGAUUGUUGCUCAAAAGAAGGACGCUUGUUCCAUCGAGUGUCCCCAUUGCAAUCACCCAAGGCUACUGCCCAAAAAACACCGCCGAACGGAACGCAUCUGGAACUGCGGCACAUGCGCCAAGGAGUAUCUUGUAUCUCCAGACUAUGCAACUCUUGCAGCUCUGGAGCGCGCAGAAGGACGGGACAGCUACGGAGGUCAUUAUGGAUGGGCGAGAUGCCCACACUGCAGCAUUCUCAUUUCCAAGGGAGAUGGAUGCAGCCACAUGAUCUGUGGCUACUGCAAGAAAGAUUUUGAUUGGCACGCGGCAAAAGGAGCCCCCCAUGCCCUGGUGCCUCCAGAACAGAUUCAUUUGUGGUGGUGA